UUUAUUAGUAUUUUGUACUAAGAACCUUUUUAGGUAAUUAUAUAAAGAAUGACUUCAUUAAUUUUGACUUCAGUCUUGCUCUUCACAAAUGUCUGUUUUAUGACAUGCACGCUGGGUAAAACCAAUGAGGAGUUGGAUCCAUUAAAGACUAAUACGGAUUGGGUAUCCAGUGAUAUCAUUUUCGACUUUGAAUUCCUUAAAGUUAUUAAUGAAAUCAAAACGCUAGAAGUGGUAAAUACUGUAGAUGGCACAGGACCCGUUGUUUUAAAUGACAUAGAUAAAAGAUUUUUACAAGAACUAUGUGAAGGUGACUGGGUAUGCAUCCAGUCAAAAUCGUUAUCAAUACAAAAAUAUAGAAUAAAAAUGGAAGCAUUACAGUGUGUCAACGCCGUGAUAAUGCAUUACAUGUUGAACAUCGUCAUAUUAAAUCAUGACAAAAUCAAUUCUAGUAAUAUCGAUAGAAACAAUAUGUACGUUUACACAAAUGUCGUCAUCCGGCGGAUGUUAGCCGUGUUAUUUAUCAGCAAAACCAGAGUGCAUCAUUGGCUUUGGCACAUAUUUAUUCAGAUUUAUUCCAAGUUUAACUGGCCCCAUAUGUACACGCCGGGUGAUAAUUUCUUGGACAUUAAAUACGUGAAACAAUUAGUGCCUUACAUUGGCCAGUGUCAAUCUUACAAUUACUUACCGAGAAACGACGUCACGCUAUUCGGUACGACGGCCUUUUACAAUAGCAUUGUCGAGAUGGACAUAGACAAGUAUAUAGACCAACUAUACGGUUAUCAGUAUAACAAAAACCUAAAAUUAUUUUUUGAUUUGAAUAAACUAUUUUCGUUUGAUAAUUUAGUUUUAUUCGAUUACCUCAACCGCGAUACUGACUUGUUUGGUACGUUUCUUAAUAACAACAUACUCUGGGGAUCGGCCAAAAAGCUGUUACAAAACGAAAAAGACAAACUUAAAGACUGGUACCAUACAUUUGAGUUCGCUGAAGAGCCAUUUAAGCACACCGAGUAUCACAUGCGGGUGUUGCUCGUUAUAAGAAUAAAUACUUAUAUGUACAUUUGGUCGCAUAUUACAUUUUUUGAAAACACUUUGAGUCAAGCUAAAAACCACGUUGAAGAGAUAAAUUUUAAAGUUGCAGACACAUCUAUUUGGAUGCUACCCUGCGGAGCCCUAAGAAAGAUCUUAUUUAACGAUCAUUGCGACCCACUGUUAUUCAAUAUUACCCAUCAGCUGUGUUCUGAAGUCAAUGCAUUUAACGGAGAGUUUCUGGAAAAGCUUCGAUACAUGACAAAAAUUGCUAAAGAAAUUAUUUCAAUCGAUAUGAAGAAAAUAGGUGUAGACGAUAACGACGUUGACGCCACAUUGCACGAGUAUGAUGAGCCAGAGUCCAAAGAAAAUUUUUUCAAGAUUUGAUACAGAUGGGAGCAAAUGAAGACCAUGUACGUAGCAUACUAUACGAUGAUCAUGACACGUUAAACGACACUGAUUUACCGACCAUUACUUCGAGUUCUGGGCGAAAAGACAAGGAACCACUAAGUUUUGAAAACGAUGCAGUUAUUACAAAUGUAUGCGAUAAUCUUGACAAGCCGAAUGACACACAGUCAGAAACCCAGGAAAAUUUAUCGACCAUUACUUCGAGUUCUGGGCAAAAAGACAAGGAAUCACUAUGUUCUGAAAUCGAAGAGGUUGUUACAGCUGAUGUAUGCGAUAAUCUUGAUACGCCAAAAGACAAUCAGUCAGAAAUCCAGGAAGAUUUAUCGACCGUUCCUUCAAACUCUGAACGGGAAGACAAGGAACGGCUAUCUUUGACCGAUAUACCGGAAUCUAAAAGUACAGCGACUAUUGAAAACCAUAAUAUCGUUCAACGGGCAUACAGAUUAUAUAGAUAUAUCAUUGAACUCUUUUUUAAAUUAAUGGGAAACCUUCGAUUAACGAAAAAAACUGUGGACGAAAAAAAUUCAGACGAUUUGAAGGAAAUAUGUGCAGACGAUAACGUCGUUGACACCACUUUUGACGUCGAUAAUAAGCCAGAGUCCGAUGAAAACGUUUGUCAAGAUUCGAUUCAGAUGGGUGCAAAUAAAGACUAUGAACGUGAUCGUAACGAUCAAGUUAUUGCAGAUGUAACUGGUAAUCUUGACCAGCCGAAAGACACACAGUCAGAUAUGAAGGAAGAUGUAUCGUUCAAUAAGCCAGAGUCCGAUGAAAACGCUGGUCAAGAUUCGAUACAGAUGGGUGCAAAUGAAGACCAUGUACGUGAUCAUAACGAUCAAGUUAUUACAGAUGUAACUGGUAAUCUUGACACGCCAAAAGACACACAGUCAGAAAUCAAAGAAGAUACAUCGAUCGUUCCUUCAAACUCUGAGCGAAAAGACAAGGAACUGCUAGAUUUGACCGAAAGAACGGAAAUUGAAAAAAAAGAGACUUUGAAAAGCAAUAAAAUCGUUGAACGGACAAACAAAUUCUUAAAAUACACUUUCGAUCUCUCUUUCAAAUUGAGGCCAAUUGAUGUUUCCUUUAUUAUUAUGUUUUAUAUUGGAAAAGAAGAAUUAUACGUGACGUUUUUUCCUAACACAGGAUUGCAGCUCCCGAGUACAAUGGAAUAAACCAAAACUAGCAAAAACCCCCACCCAAUUUCCGAUUAUUUUACUUUUAUAUGUUUUCCCUGUAGCUUAGUUAAUAAACGUUGAAUGGUGUUAAACUUCGGCAUGGUAUUUUCAAUUUUUCCUUUAACCCGAAAUUCGUUAGUCCAUCUUUCCCUACAAGGAAAAGUAUUUUA